AUGGUUGAUUAUUGGCCCAGCGCGGGCCCCGUGUGGUACUGGGAGCCGGACGUCCAAGUCGCCCUGCUCUUGAACCAAGUGAAUGCCGUCCAGUUCCAGCUGGCGCAGAGCAAUCAGCAGCUGUGGCUGCAACAAAACCUCAUUUUCAGUCUGCAACAACAGAUCUAUCAUCACGAGCCUGAGUGCUCCAAGUGCUGCAAAGCGAAGAUGAGUGCUGCAGUAGAACCAUGUGCAGAGAGCACUGAAGAGAGCCAGAAGAGCUCGAACACAGCACCUGGCAGCAGCGAAGAGGACACUGACUGGACAGUCGUCGAAGCGCCGGAGGACGCGGCAACGGAGGACGCACCUCCAAUUGCUGCCGGCUCUCCCAUGGUAGACCCCGUGGUGCCUUCUCCUGCUGCGCUGUGGCUAGGGCCCGUCUGCCACCAGUGCAGCGACCGCAGCUGCGAGGUGGUUUGCAUGGCCUCGGACAGCGAGUCGGAGAUCGGGGAUGAAGACAUCAGAUGGGAUGAGUCUCCCGCAGGACGACAGCUUUGUUGCCACUCGCUGACGGCGCUCACAGGCAUCGAGGUCAGUGCUGGGGAAUGCACCCCCUCCGACCUCCACGUGGCAAACCUGCUGCCGUAUCUGGGAGUGCAGGAGCUGCUGAACUUGCGCCUGGUCUCCAGACGCACCAGAAGCCCGGAGGCCUUGACAGCGCACGUGGCCGAGAUGGGCAGCAUGGAGACCGCAGAUGCAGUUCACGACUUCGCCGGAAAGCUGGAGUUGUACAUAGUGAAUCCGAACCUGUCGGAUGAUUCAGCCUUCGAAGGCGAUGACGAGCAGCAGAAGCUUUUUCUGUGUCGGUCUUGGUGCAUGGCACUGGCGUCUAAAGACUUUACGCAUUUUGCGGAAAGCUACGUUCGCCGCACAGUCGGCAAGAACCUGCAGUGUUUGCUGCGGCACUGUUGGAGUGCGGAUGCGUCCGUUGCUGCUGCUGCCCACCUCGCUCUGCACAACCACGCUAGCGAUGCCCUCCCUUUCGUGCAGCAAGCUAUUGCAGAGGGCAUUUUUGCACUGCUGGAAGACUUGGCUUCAAAUUCGACACAGAUAGAGUCCUGCCUCCGCACGCUGGAGAAGCUCGUGCGCUCGCUGAGCAAGCAUCAGCGUCAGAGGUGGGUGUCCCUCAUGGUCAAGCUGCUGGUGGACCCUAACGUCGCCACCAAGGAACGACUUGUUCUGCUGUUGAAGAUGCUUUGGUUGGCUGACGAGGAUCCAAAACGGACUUAUGCAGAAGAAGACCAACAGCUGCGCUCUGUCGCCGUUUCCGACACAGGCGCUUUUAAGAAUGACAUCCUGAGCCUCCUGAACAGCAGCUGA